CACUUCUGCAAACAUGGAAUUUGAACUAGAUCAUCACAAGUCAGUGCUGUUACAGUCACGGUGAUUCAGAACCACCAGCCAUCAGCAGGAGGAAGAAGAGACUAACUGCCCCCCUUUUUGAGAAAAUGCAGCACCAUUUGAGUUCUUCUUGGGAUUUUGGUCUUAACAUUUCUCAUAAAGCACCUCAUUUCAUUCUUAAAAAUCUAUAUGAUCUUGCCCUCAAGGGAGAUGCUACAAGCAGAGUUUUUACAGGAGUGUUUUGGUGAUCUUAAGCAUAGGACAUUGGCUCUCUGGAUUAUCAGGAGCGUGUAGUUGACAUUGAGGCCAAGCUGAGGAUGGAAGGUGUGGAGCUUAAGGAAGAAUGGCAAGAUGAAGACUUUCCGAUACCUUUACCAGAAGAUGACAGUAUUGACGCAGAUACACUCGCUGUAACUGGACUGGCGGACCAGCCUGACACACUAGAAGUUAAUGGAAACAAAGUAAGAAAGAAACUAAUGGCCCCAGACAUUAGCCUGACACUGGAUCCUAGCGAUGGCUCUGUGUUGUCGGACGACUUGGAUGAAAGUGGGGAGAUUGACUUAGAUGGCUUAGAUACGCCGUCCGAGAACAGCAAUGAGUUUGAGUGGGAAGAUGACCUUCCAAAACCGAAAACUACUGAAGUCAUCAGGAAAGACGCGAUUCCUGAGCACGCAGCUGCAGAGGAGAAGGAAGACGGGCGGCGCUGGCGUCUGUUCAGGAUCGGGGAGCAGGACCACAGGGUCGACGUGAAAGCAAUCGAGCCCUAUAAAAAGGUCAUCAGCCACGGAGGAUAUUAUGGGGAUGGAUUAAAUGCCAUUGUUGUGUUUGCUGUCUGUUUUAUGCCUGAAAGCAAUCAACCUAACUACAGAUACCUGAUGGACAAUCUCUUUAAAUACGUUAUUGGCACUUUGGAACUGUUAGUAGCAGAAAACUACAUGAUAGUUUACUUAAAUGGUGCAACAACUCGAAGAAAAAUGCCCAGUCUGGGAUGGCUUAGGAAAUGCUAUCAGCAAAUUGAUAGAAGGUUACGGAAAAACCUAAAAUCUCUAAUUAUUGUACAUCCCUCUUGGUUUAUCAGAACACUUCUGGCUGUUACAAGACCAUUUAUUAGCUCAAAAUUCAGUCAAAAAAUUCGAUACGUCUUUACUUUGGCAGAACUAGCGGAACUUGUCCCCAUGGAGUAUGUCGGCAUUCCAGAGUGCAUAAAACAGUAUGAAGAAGAAAAGUUUAAAAAGAAACAAAAAAGAGUUGAUCGAGCGCUUCAUGGGAAGCAAGAAGAACCAAAAGGUGAGCAGUAAGGGUGGCGUCUCGUCCAGGCAGGACUGAAGAGUUGCCGGCAAAGCAGCGCUCGCUCUCCUCUCUGCAUUUACAAUGCAUUCAUUGGCCCUUACUGUUACGUAACUGAUUUCAAAGCUGACAUGGCUUUUCCUUAAUGGACUUUUGUACAAGAGACUGUUCACUGCUGUAUUGGUUUGCAAAUCUCUUGAAUUUAGCUCAUCAGUAGCUAAUUAUUUUGUAAUCGUUUUAUAUUUUAUAUUGCAAUAUCAAAACCACACUUUAUAUAAAGCAGUUAUUGCAUUUGUUUAUUGAAUGACGCAUCUUCUUCAGUAAAAUAUUUAUGUGCAUAAAUGGUAAAGGAAAGAGAUAAUAUAUUUUUAUGUUUUUGAGCAAUAUUUUUUAAUGUGUACCUGUCUCGUGGGACAAUAUACAUAUAAACACGACCAUGGUUUUGUAAAGUGCAUGUUAGAAAUUUUGUUAUUGUAAAUGGUGACAUAGACUCCUGGGUCACUUAGUAGAGUGUGGAGCGGCUCCUGAAGGAGAGACAGUGAGGCUGUGUCUCGUGAACGCCCAAAGACCCUUUUGUCUGCACAUACUCGGAGGGUAGGGUCAGACUAUCCUGCUUUGUGGUGGUGGUGGUAUUUUGGUUUUUUCAUUUAACAUAUACUGUCCCGCAGUUCAAGAGUUCAAAUAAAAGUACCGGUAAGUGUGUUGCACACCUUCCUUUUUAAAAUUUAUAGACGAGAAAAAGCCAUCUUUAGAAUUAGAGAAUUAAGACAUUUGGAAUUGAAGUGUGUAUAUAUGUAUAUGUGGAACAGUUUAAUCUUCUGACUGAAAGUCAGAGCUGUUUUAAAAUCCUAGGUUUGUUCACUAAUGUGAAAUAAGCUGUGUGUCCAGAGAGUCCCUCCCCUGAAGCUGAGUGCUGUGUAGUAGUACUGAGAAUGUGCUAAGUUACUUACUUACUUACUGUCCCUGCUCUUUCUGUUGAAAACAGAGCUGCUGUUGUAAACGGCUCUCAACGUGGGCGCCAACAUAACUUCCAAAUCCGUUCUCUGAAAGCAAGUGUUUGGCCCAGUCUGAGAUGGUGUGCUCUCAUUGAGCCAGGUUGGACAGUACUGUCAGGAGGUGCACUUUGUAAGCGUUAGAGAAUCAUCGUGCUGUGCUGUUUUCAUGACACGUUUGACGUGCACAUGCAAUCUCAUUGCUUAAUCUGGUAAAUUCCUACACUUUACAUUGUAAUUCUACAUGUGCUUCCAAACAGAACUGAAUUCAUCACAGAAUCAUCAAGGCAACUGCUCUUUGGUUUGUGUUUACGUUUUCUUUUAUUUUUUUAUUUCACUUUAUUGGGGGCUCAUACAGCUCUUACCACAAUCCAUAUAUCCAUCCAUUGUGUUAAGCACAUUUGUACAUAUGUUGCAACAUCAUUUUCAAAACAUUGGCAACUGCUUUACCACAGGCCAGCAUUCUUAGGUUUAAGUCAGUAAUUUGGUGAACUUGACACCCCGCCCACCAUACACUGCACCCCUGCACCCCAGCCCUUCCUACAAGAGUAACCUGGGAGAGCAAAAUUGAAGUGCAUGUGAGCUCAGUUUUUAAUAUUUAUCCUCAGCAACCGCCUGAGCGGCCCUGGGCCCAGCAGCAGCGGGCAGAUCCAGAGCUCAUGUCAUUGGAGUGAAUCAAGCCAAAACCGUGACUGCACGCUCUCACACCUUAAAGCACUUGUGUUGACGAAACUAACAGUAACAACUUGGGCCUUCCUUCAGCUGGGGACUUAAUAUGAAUACGAUGAGCAAAGGAGCAUAAUGAAUUUGUGGCUUUAACCUGUGCUGUAAGCAGUCUUUUCAUCCAUAGGUUCUGUUCAGUAGGGACUGAGUUGAAUAGGUAGGGAGGGUUCCACCACAUGAAGUACUCAGUUUUUUUGUUUGAAAAAUACAGUGAGUAACUUUACCUCCUUAAUGUUUUUAUUGGUGUUUACUGUUGUAGUCAUCGUUCCUAACUCUAGACACAACAUAUUCCAAAAAUAUGAAGGGUUUCCCAAUUUUCCCCCCAAAGUUAUUUGAAAACUAGAAGUAGCCCACAUUCUACUAGGACACUAACAUUCAGAGCGACAGUGAAAACACAUGAAUAUAACCAAGUCGAUGUGCUCUGCAUUGCUGGAUUCAAAGGAAGCCUGCUUUAAAUUUACACUUUAAUGGAUAAUGCUUCUAACAGUAAGGCUUAAGCUUACAAUUGGGUUAGAGAGAAAGCAUUUAUUCCGUCUGGUAUUUAUUGUUUGUAGCUAUAUAACAUUUCUUCCAUAGUAUUUAAUGUGAAUGUGUCAUUGCUGAUGGAAAGGAAAGUAUAUAGAGCUGUGGUGUUUGACCGCCCACCAGGGUCAUGGAGCUCAUGGGUGCUUUUGUUGCGCUUUGGCUCUGCAUGCCCCUUUUUGCUUGUUUCUCAGAUGAGGCCAUGUAAAGUGACUUGAUUCUGCGUUCUGCCUCACAGAUUGCUAAGCACAAGGAAAAACACCAUAUUGGCCACGCAGUUUCAGCUUCGUAGUCUUUAACUUGGAGGGGAGUAUGAAAAAAUAGGAUCUAAUAGAGUCUAGCAGGGCAACUGGUAGGAAGAUGAAACAAGAAAGAAAGCUGCACAGGCGUGGAGAGUUAGCUACUGUUGGAGAGAUAACCACUGAACUGUCCCUGUUGGGGGAAGUACUGCGUGUGUGGCUGCGAGUGCUGCCACGGCCUGUAGAAGACUUGGCAGGGUAUGUGACUCAGGUGUGUGGAGCAGAAGGGAAAAGACUGAGAAUAAGUUGAAAUAAAUUGUACUUGUGCUUCCAAGGGUUGAUAUUUUCCACUGCUUUUUUGUCUCUUCACACUGAAGCAAGUUUAAACAGAGAGGCAGCAAUGAACAGUACUCACACGAAAGUUUAGGAUUGGGUUACUCUUCAUAUUCCAUUGUUGGUAAACUGCAUCCAAAAUGGGCAUCACUGUUAAGUAAUGAAAUGGGCUGGUUGACAUGUAUAUAUCUGUACCUAUCAUUUCUUCAACUGCAGCGCCAACAGUAGACCCACUUUUUCCCUAGAUAGCCAAUCCUUUUGAUGUGAGUCCUCAGGGAAUUUGGAGGAGUGAUUGAUUUAAUGCAGUUAAGGAUUUAUUGGGUGGGUGAGCCCGGUUUCCUAAUGAGGUCCAUGUGGCUAUAGCUCAGUAGCCUCAUCGUUCCUAUAUUUUAUGUGGAAAGUAAACAUCAUUCCAUCAGAAGGAAGAGGGAUUUGCUGGAAAUAGAGAUCACCACACCAUUCUAUUUCGUCUUCAUGCCUGUUCUUCCCCAACCUCUCCAUAUAUUUGAAAAGUGGAUCACAGAACAAAUCUCCGAGGAAAGCGGUCGAUAGCGGACUGAAUGUACUUAGAAGUUGGUUAACGAUUCUGUUAGCCUCAUAGACGAUAGGAAUCCUGUAGACGGAGUUCCUGGGAGAGUGAGUUGCAUCGGAAAGCUAACUGGGAAGGGAAGGGGCUGGAGAAUUAGCUACUCGGCGUCCUGAGCCUCGGGAUCCCUUCACAUACCCCUUGCUUUCGCAGGGGUCUGAAUAGAUAAGCAAUGAGGCCUAGCGAGAUCAAGUUUCCUUUAGUGUUUGAAACGCCAAGUUUCAAUCCAGUUACUUCAGCAACCCCGUUUGUCAGAGAAGAACUGUUCCCAGGGUGCUCUCUGGUGGGCUUCAGAAACAGGUGGCCCGGCCUUUCUUUUGAUUCUGUGGUUGAAGGUACACCUCGUUUACUGCACCACCCAGGGACGUCGACAUUCUAAAUCAUCCUUGAAAAUAGGCCAGAGUGUAGAACAGCGAACAGUGAUAACUAAACGUUAAACAAGUUACUCCAACUACUUAUGUUGGGAGGCAGGGUUUAAAUUCAUGUAAAUUUUCCAUUUUAAUUUCAUUAUUCCAUGAAUUCUUGAAGCCCCUUCAUAUAAUCGCCUUAAUUUCUUGUUUUACAUACUAGAAAUUUUUGGAUGCUAUGUUAAAAAGUCACAUAAUGCACUUGAUAGCAUAUCAAGCACCAGACCCAGACUUUAAUCCUUCAGGGACAUGAGUUACACUGUUUACUAUAGAGAGCUUUCAAGUUUUUUCUUCUGUGACAUUCUUUUUAUUUGAAAAGUUGAGUUGUGCAUUUUGAAAUAUAAUGUGUUUUCACAUUCCUUUUGGUUACACGGGAGUGUGUAGAGUAACACUGGAAAUAAGCAGCUGCUCUAUGGCGCCUUUAGUCGGUGGGCAUUCUCAAGUUAAGUCCCUUACACAGUUGCUUAAAAUUAGCUACUGAACGUUGGUGGUGUUCUGGUCCACUAACUUGGCACAGCCCCGGGGGCACCAUUCAUGUAGAAUAAACCCCAAGUUUGUUUAAAACUUGAGCACUUUAUUUAAUUCGUAUUUCAGAAGUGUUUUGUUACCACAGUUCACCUUGCUGUCAUUUAGACAAAAUUAAUGUACUGUGACCUUUUUUUGUGACUAUUGAGAUGAUUUUGCCUAGAUUAGUGCCAUCAUUUUACAGUGUGAGAAAUUCAGUCCUGAUAACUACAAAAUGUUGCUGUGGUGUGGUCCUUGUAAGAAACACUAGGCUGGUCUUGGUUUACUAAGGAGAUAUAGUACUGUUUUCCUUUGGCCUGUGAAGAAAGAAUAUGGUAAUUUGUUGCACAUCAUAUUUUUGCAACAAUAAUGGAUUUAAAUAAAUUACUUGGAAACUUUG